AUGUUUAACUUGUUUAAGGCAAAAAAGAUUGAGAAACGAAGUCAGUACAUUGCUGCUAAAGCUUUAAUUAAUGUAGUAACUUAUCCACUUACGCAUGUGAAAAUCCUCUUCCAACUUGGUUACGAACCGUUUCCUUUGGCACCCGGAAAAUUUUUGUGGUUCUUUCGCGAAGCGUAUUUUCUUCCAAACGGCUUCCAGUAUGCCAAAAAUAUAUACAGUCGAUGGGGGCUACGCGCACUGUAUACUGGUUUGGAUUCGUCUGUGUUGUAUCAUCUAACUGCUGGUUUUGUUGAUUUGGCUAUAAAUGUCUAUAUGGAUCGUCAUUAUGCUCACAUUGGUGGGAAACCCAUUAAUUUGGACAAAGAAGAGUCGGAAAUAAGUGAUGCAGAAAGUGCUCGUCGCAUUUUUCGUUCUGUUAUCCGUGAAAAUAUUUCUCGCACUAUUGCUAUUAUCGUUUCACGUCCCUUCAGUGUGGUUAUGACUAGGCAAGUCGCACAAAUUGUUGGUGGCGAGCUGAAAUAUCUGAAUGUUUUUUCGUCACUACGACUUAUUGGCCUUGAAGAAGGUCCAGGUGGAUUGUUCUCUGGCUUGAUUCCUCAGUUGAUUGGGGAGUAUAUUUCGAUUUGCGGGAUUCACUUAUUACUUUAUGGAAUCGAACGUUUUACUUUGCAUGCUCAACAAGAAGCUAUCCGCUCUAAUAAUAAAGAAGAAGAAAAGGUCAUAAUUGCGGCACGCAGAAUGUUGCAUUUAGUUUCUUCAGUAUUUGUGAACAGUUUUGCGUACCCAUUCCAAGUCGUAUCAACAGUAAUGGCUGUAUCUGGUUCAGGACUUUUGGUUUCAAUGUUACCAUACAGUCCACCAUUUUACAUAUGGCAAGAAGUUUACGAUUACUUGUUGCCAGCUAAUGGAUUGAAACGAGGAGCGAGAAUAUUCUGGCGCGAACAUUGUGGAGCUGUUAGUGUGGGUCCUGAUCAGGAACUUUAUGCAGCCAACAAAUACUUUGUGUGA